CGGAAGCUAUUCCUGCUGGAGGGAUGGCGUGAGAGCUCAGGGUUGGAUCCGCGCGGGCCGCCUGGCGGGCUGCGAGCGUCAAGGGCGCGGUUGCGGGCGGACCCCGGGGAGGGGCUUCGCGGAGGCGCCGGGGCCCUAGCCGAGCGGGGCCGCCCGGGCUGGGCGCGCAGCGCGGCCGAGCGGGCGGUGGCGCUGCGGAGGCGGCGGCCGAGGCCGGCGGGCGUGGAGGAGGGGCCCGAGAUCGGGGCGGCCCGCGGCAGCUGCCCGGGUGACGACUGCCGGCAGCGCGGCGCCUUGAGGAGUCCGAGCCGCAGGCCCCCGGCGUCGCGGCCUCGCAAGCGGCCCUCCUCGUCCUUGUCUCCACCUCGGGGCCGGGGAAAUGGGCCCUCACGGCCGCGGGCCCUGCAUCCCGCGCCGCCCGUAGGCCCCGGUGGCCCGCCGGCUUGUCACCGCCCCUGUCCCCAGUCGAGCCGUCCCCACCCCAGGUCCCCGGGAAGGAAGAUGAGGGAAACGGGCCCGGCGAUCGGCAGCCAGAGCAGCAGCAGCGGUCGGGGGAGGGUGUUUCGCCGUUUCCUCUCAGCCGCCAGGACAAGAUGGCAGCGGCCGCCGAGAGGGGCUGAGCCCCGGCUGGGUGGCGCCGCCUGCUGAAGCGCUUGGCUCCGGGUCCCCGCACGGCCCCCGCGACCCAUCCCGGACAUGCUCAGGGCUGCGGCCGCCCGAAGCGGGGAGAGCGCGGGCCUCUAGGAAGGUUUCUGCUGUAAUCUACAGCCUCUGAAGUGUAUGGCCUCACAAGUCUUGGUCUACCCACCAUACGUUUAUCAAACUCAGUCAAGUGCCUUUUGUAGUGUGAAGAAACUCAAAGUAGAGCCAAGCAGUUGUGUUUUCCAGGAAAGACACCGUCCACAGACCUAUGUGAACGGUAGAGACUUUGGAAACUCUCACCCUUCCACGAAGGGUGGUGCUUUUCAGACAAAGACACCGUUCUCUAAACCUCGAGGACACAGCUUUUCAUUGCAGGCAGGUGCCGUUGUUGUCAGAGACACUGCCGGUGCUACAAAGGUCACAGCAGCUCCGGUGCAGCAAGCUGGAGUGCAGGCACCUGGCACUGUGGUGUGGCGAAACCGGUUACCUUUCCUGGAAGGUCCCCAGCGAUGUGGAUUGAAGCGCAAGAGUGAGGAGUUGGAUAAUCACAGCGGCGCGAUGCAGAUUGUCGAUGAACUGUCCAUACUUCCUGCAAUGUUGCAAACCAACAUGGGAAAUCCAGUGACAGUUGUGACAACGAGUACAGCAUCAAAACAGAACUGUACCAGUGGAGAAGGGGAUUAUCAGUUAGUGCAGCAUGAAGUCUUAUGCUCUAUGAAGAACACGUAUGAGGUCCUUGAUUUUCUUGGUCGUGGCACUUUUGGCCAAGUUGUUAAAUGCUGGAAGAGAGGGACAAAUGAAAUUGUAGCAAUCAAAAUUUUGAAGAACCACCCUUCUUACGCACGCCAAGGGCAGAUAGAAGUGAGCAUCUUAGCAAGGCUCAGUACUGAGAACGCUGACGAGUACAACUUUGUGCGGGCCUAUGAGUGCUUCCAGCACCGCAGCCAUACCUGCCUGGUCUUUGAGAUGCUGGAGCAGAACCUGUAUGACUUUCUGAAGCAGAAUAAAUUCAGUCCCCUGCCCCUGAAGGUGAUCCGGCCCAUUCUUCAGCAAGUGGCCACUGCUCUGAAGAAGUUAAAAAGUCUUGGUUUAAUUCAUGCUGACCUCAAACCAGAGAAUAUUAUGUUGGUGGAUCCUGUUCGACAGCCAUACAGGGUUAAAGUGAUAGACUUUGGGUCGGCCAGUCAUGUAUCAAAGACUGUUUGUUCAACAUAUCUACAAUCUCGGUACUACAGAGCUCCAGAGAUUAUAUUGGGGUUGCCAUUUUGUGAAGCCAUAGACAUGUGGUCAUUGGGAUGUGUGAUUGCAGAGUUAUUCCUUGGAUGGCCACUCUACCCAGGAGCCUUGGAGUAUGAUCAGAUUCGAUACAUUUCUCAGACUCAAGGUUUACCAGGAGAACAAUUGUUGAAUGUGGGUACAAAAUCCACAAGAUUUUUUUGCAGAGAAACGGAUAUGUCUCAUUCUGGUUGGAGAUUAAAGACACUGGAAGAGCAUGAGGUAGAGACAGGAAUGAAGUCUAAAGAAGCCAGAAAGUACAUAUUCAACAGUCUGGACGAUAUAGCGCAUGUGAACACAGUGAUGGAUUUGGAAGGAAGUGAUCUUUUGGCUGAGAAAGCUGAUAGAAGAGAAUUUGUUAGUCUGUUGAAGAAAAUGUUGCUGAUUGAUGCAGAUUUAAGAAUUACUCCAAUUGAGACGCUGAACCACCCGUUUGUUAAUAUGAAGCAUCUUCUAGAUUUCCCUCACAGCAACCAUGUAAAGUCCUGUUUUCAUAUUAUGGAUAUUUGUAAGUCCCACCCAAGUCCAUGUGAUACAAAUAAUCGCAGUGAAAUGUCACUCUUCCGGCCGGUUGCAUCCAACGGUACUGCUGCUCUAACGGCAAACCUGACCAAAAUCGGGACAUUAAGAAACCAGGCAUUAACUACAUCUGCUCACUCAGUUGUGCACCAUGGGAUACCUCUGCAGGCAGGAACUGCACAGUUUGGUUGUGGUGAUGCUUUUCAUCAGACCCUGAUUAUCUGCCCCCCAGCUAUUCAAGGUAUUCCUGCAGCACAUGGUAAACCCACCAGUUACUCCAUACGGGUAGACAAUACAGUCCCGCUUGUGACUCAGGCCCCAGCUGUACAGCCACUGCAGAUCCGACCUGGAGUCCUUUCACAGCAGACCUGGUCUGGUAGAACACAGCAGAUGCUGAUGCCUGCCUGGCAGCAGGUAACACCCAUGGCUCCUGCUGCUGCGACACUGACUUCAGAAGGAUUGGCUGGUUCACAGAGGCUUGGAGACUGGGGGAAAAUGAUUCCACACAGCAGUCAUUACAACUCAGUGAUGCCACAACCUCUUCUAACCAAUCAGAUAACAUUAUCGGCCCCUCAGCCUAUCAGCGUGGGCAUUGCACAUGUUGUCUGGCCUCAGCCUGCCACUACCAAGAAAAACAAGCUGUGCCAGAACAGAGGUAUUUUGGUAAAACUAAUGGAAUGGGAGCCAGGAAGAGAGGAAAUAAAUGCUUUCAGUUGGAGUAAUUCAUUGCAGAAUACCAAUAUCCCACAUUCAGCAUUUAUUUCUCCAAAGAUAAUCAAUGGGAAAGAUGUUGAGGAAGUAAGUUGUGUAGAAACACAGGACAAUCAUACCUCAGAAGGAGAGGCACGAAACUGCCAGGAAGCGUCUGUCAGACAGGACACUUCUGUUUCAGACAAACAGCGGCAAACCAUCAUCAUUGCCGACUCCCCAAGUCCUGCCGUGAGUGUGAUCACCAUUAGCAGUGACACGGAUGACGAAGAGACCUCACCCAGACAUUCACUCAGAGAGUGUAAAGGUAGUUUAGAUUGUGAAGCUUGCCAAAGCACUUUGAAUAUUGAUCGGAUGUGUUCACUCAGCAGUCCUGAUAGCACUCUGAGCACCAGCUCCUCUGGCCAGUCCAGCCCAUCCCCUUGCAAGAGACCGAACAGUAUGUCAGAUGAUGAACAAGAAAGUGGGUGUGAGACUGUGGAUGGCUCCCCAACAUCAGACUCCUCGGGGCAUGACAGUCCAUUUGCAGAGAGCAGUUUUGUGGAGGACACUCAUGCAAACACAGAGCUGGGGACUUGUGCUGGCACAGAAGCCAGGCCAGCUGUUGGCACUGCUGUGGAGCCCCCAGUGGGAAUAGAAAGUGGAUUGACGGUCGAUGAGCACAUGGCAAGCACAGAUUCUACAUGCCAGCCAUUAAUAAAAGGACAGCCUGCCCCUGGAAAGCUGAACCAGCCUUCUGCCUCGGGUGCUCGUCAGCAAAAACCCACAUCAGCAUUCCAGCAGCAGCAUUUGAACUUCAGCCAGGUUCAGCAUUUUGGAGCCGGGCAUCAAGAGUGGAAUGGAAACUUUGGGCAUCGGAGGCAGCAAGCGUACAUUCCUACUAGUGUUACCAGUAAUCCGUUCACUCUUUCUCACGGAAGUCCUAGCCACACAGCAGUGCAUGCCCAUCUGGCUGGAAGUACGCACCUCGGAGGACAGCCUGCUCUCCUUCCAUACCCAUCAUCAGCUGCCCUCAGUAGUGCUGCACCGGUGGCCCACCUCUUAGCCUCUCCGUGUACCUCAAGACCUAUGUUACAGCAUCCAACUUACAAUAUCUCCCAUCCCAGUGGCAUAGUUCACCAAGUCCCAGUGGGCAUAAAUCCCCGUCUGUUACCAUCCCCAACCAUUCAUCAGACUCAGUACAAACCAAUCUUCCCUCCACAUUCUUACAUUGCAGCAUCACCUGCGUAUACUGGAUUUCCAUUGAGUCCAACAAAACUCAGCCAGUAUCCAUAUAUGUGAAAACUCAAAAACAGUAUAUUGAGGAAGCUCAAUGAUAUAAACGUUUGAUUAAAAAUAAAAACAUGGUAUUUAAUAAAUAUUAGCCAUGGCACAAGAAAAUUAUUUUUGAAUCAUGUAGACUUGGGUGCAAUUUAAACAACUUUGAGCUUUAAAAGAACUCUCACUUUUAAUGUGUUUUGCACAUUUGGUAUAACUUGUCUUUGGUCAUGUAUCUUCUUACGUAGUUACUCUAGACAGGUGACUUAUGGGAGCAGAAGUCCAGUUUUGCUCCUGCUAUUUUUUAUAAAAUUGCCUUCUAACUAGUGCAAGACACGUCCACAUUUGGGAAGCCAUUCUGUGUCUAGACUUUAGAGCAACAGAUGCACAUGUGUCAGAAUUACAGCAUACGAGUGAAUUGUAUCGUCUGUGUCUUAGUGUGUACAUGUUGGGGCACUUAACCUAAGCAAUUGAGCUAUUGUUCUUUACAUUUGCAUGUGUCUUUUGCAUGGGCAAAAUGUUGCCUAGACUUGGCUCUUAAUGUUGUUCUAAUAAUCUCAGCUGCAUUGUAAACCGUUCCCACACAUAGUGCCUUAAAUAUUUGAGGUUGUUCAAGUUAUUACCUAUCUGUAAAUGUUGAGGACUGCAGCACUUAAAAUCCAGACCUACUCUUUAGUUUUCUUUCAGUAGAGUACUGUUCCUUUUGGCUUUGUGUGGUAUGAUUUCAGAUAGCAGCUGCUUUUUCCUUAGUAAGAGGGCAGCAUGUUUGCUAUAGCUGAAUUCUGCUGUCUGAUUUUUUCCAGAAUGAUCUAGCUUCAAGAAAAGCAAGCAGUUAGUAGUGCUUAAGAAAACUUGAUUCAGUAACUAAUGGAUAGUUGAUAUCUGUCACAGCACAGCAUUUUAUAUACUAUUAAGUGAAACUGCAAUACAACCUAAGUUUAUUUUGGGAGUGUUUGCUGUAUAAUUGGACUUCAUAAAAUGUUUAGAAGUGCAGUAGGCAUGACUUGAGUAGAUAAUGAAAGAAAAUGCAAAAUGCUCAUUGAUUCAUGAUGUGAUUUCAUCUUAGCUUGGGCAGACCAUGCAGUAUUUAAUACAUACAUAGUAGCAGAAUAUUUACUAUUGAAGCUUGAAAAGAUGUGAGUUCUUUGUGUGCAAUUUUUCAUUUAUGCAUGUGAGAAGGUUUUUGGUUUUGGUUAUUUUAAGUAUUUUUACAUUGUAGUACUCGUUUUUGCUUGUUGGUGGUGUUUGCUUAUUUAAUACAUUCCGUCAGGGACAGAAAUUACAUGCUUUUUCUCUUAGGAAGUGUGUAUUGGGUUUUCCCCUCCCCCCUCCCCUUGGUGGUGAUGGUGGUGAUGUUUAAAUGAAGUUGCUUUUACAGCACCAAAGACUUAAUCAUCCAUUUCUUAUAUAAAAGGUAGCUACUUUUUGCAUAGACCUCAAGUAUAUUGUAGUGUAGAGGUGGAAUUUAAGGAAAGGUAUUAAACCAAGGCUGUGUUUUAGCUUCCAGGCAAGUAAUAAAUUGUAUCAUUUAUCUUGAAUGUAUCAUAGAUAAGCUGCUAUAUAACGAUUGCCACUUCAGAUAGCUGUGAAAUUAGGUGAUUAACUAGUUGUUCUUUAGCUUUCUGAUUUCUGUAUAAGUCUAAUUACACGAGAUAGAAGCUGGGGUUUUGAUUUUUUUACUUUGCUUUUCUGUUUGGAGUGUCAUUGUAACUACUGUAUUGUAAAUGAUGGAAACAAUUGCCUAUGUUAUUUUGGGGUGUGUUAUUUGCAUCAGUAUUUUAUCUCUAUUAAUGUUUGUGUUCAUCACUGCAUAUAAGAACUUGGAUGUAUCAAUGUAACUUAAUUUUUUAUUUUCAUACUGGCAUUGUAGACACUUGAGAAAGCUGUAUCUUGCAGGCUUGACUUAACUUUUUUUCCUUAAAAGUCUGGAAUAUAAUCUUACAGCAUUUACUGGAAUAAACAGUACAAAACAUUUGAGUGUAAGACUCCAAAUGUUUUGGAUCGACAGCAUUUCUUUACUAAGCAAGUUGCUUACCACAAGUACGGCUCUAGUACAGCACUGAUGAUAAGCUAAUGAUACGUUUUUCUUUACUCCAUUGACAUACGCAGUGUUUUAUUUAAUAAUCAUCUAAGACAUAAACGUGCCUGAAGUUGAUUUUAAAAAUUACAGUAUUAGAUCAUAAAGUAAAAACCAGCAGCACAUUUUUAGUCACUCAAAAUGAAGGACUUGAUUUCCCCACAGGUUUCAGUGUUUUUAGUAAUUGAUUCUAUGCAUUUUAUACAAAUAAAAAUAGAAAAACCACACAUUACAAGAAGGAGUAGAGCGAGAUGAAUUUAGACUAUUUACAGACGACACAUUUGUGGAGUCACUGUUUAAGGCACUGCUGCUCUGCUCAUUUGAGUUACAUGGGCCAGCAAGUUACUGCUGUCUGCUCUCUUCUUGGAAAAGAUUUAGUGUUGGUGAUGGAUGUUCCAGAACCACCAGCUACAAAGAUUGUGUCACAACAGGCACAGAGGUGGCCCGUAAGCUGUGCUGACUGCCCAGCAAUGAUGCAUUUUUCUGUAUUUCAGUUCAUGACUGGAGCAGCCUGGUUAAUUCGACAGUAGAUGGUAACAGUCAACAUCUUCAUGCCACAGUAAUGCUUUUUAAAGGCAUGUCACAGUAAAUGCGCUGCUCUUAAUUAAUUGCAAUCAUGGGCUUUUUAAUAUAUUUCAAAAUUUAAAACUUCAGAAUCCCCCUGAAGUCCAAUUUUAGCAUAUUGGUAGAAGAAUCUGGAUUUUACCCUUUUAAAACUAUUUUAAUAGUUUUGUUUUAAUGUUUUCUUAAAUAAAACACUGCAUGAUUUCCAAGUUGCAUAUUUGUGUGCUAAUUUGCAAGUGAAUUUUUAAUCAGUUAUUUUGGUAUUUAGGUUUCUUUCUUCAGGGUAUUAAAUAUGUUACUCUAUUAGCAAAACUUCUUCAUUUUAAUAUUUCUACUGCUAAUUUUAAACUUGGGCUUGUGUUCUGUAAAAGUUAAAUCAUAUACUGCAAGGUGCAGGAAGAGUGAUUUUAAUGACCCUACAGAUCCAAUGACUUGGUUUGAACUGUUAACUGUUGAACAGUUUUACCCUUGCGGCUUUUCUCUUUGGUUGUUCUUGCUUUUUACUCCUAUGCUACACUAGUUUGCCAUGUAGCAGUUGCACUGUGCAAUAUUACAGUAAGGACUGGGAAAACUUUCAUGGAUGUAAUGUCUAUUACAGUUUGCGAUAGUAUUUCUCUCUAGUUCUCAGUGAUUUCAUGUGACCAAGCCUUCUGUACUUUGUCACAAAAAGCGGGUUUUCCAGGUGACUAUUUUGGUGAGUGUCAAAAUAAGAAUUUAUGGUGUAUUACUGUUGAUUCACUUUGAAUUAAAAUAUAUAUAUUGCAGCAAACAGCUUGCUGACUUUUUUUCCACUUCAGUAUUUCAUAAGGGCAGAGAUGGGAAUGGUUGGCAUUACCAAAUUACUUGAGCAUUGACAUUUCAUUUGAUGCAUGGAGCCACCUUGUGUUAGGAAUUUUGUUAGGUGAACGAGAACAUAGUACAACAUGUUUGUAACUUGCCCAAAGUCCAACUGCUUGUGUGUGUGAACCUGAGGUGGAGCCGGGCUGACCCCGACUAGUCAUCUUUUCAGCCUAGCCUGGCACAGUGUGCCAGAAAUGCCUGACCACAGCAUAACCAUUUCCAUUUUUCUGGAAAAUUUGAGUUUCUUAAACAUUUUUUAAGGGCGUAUUUCUGUUGGCCAUUCAUGGAUGGAGACUAGGGAAGUCACACGGAGUUUUGAAAAGUGCAACAUGAGACUUUGAAAGAAUGCUAGUUGGCCUGAGCCAGCUUCAGUCAGUGUUCUCAAAUGCCACCUUAUUCUCAAGGCCUUAACUUUGGACGUGGAACUGUGAGCAGGUGUGUGGGAAACAUUCCAUUAGAGCAGAGCUGUGACUUAGGACUUCUGUCUUGGUGCUUAGGGUCAAAUCCAGAGCUAAGCUAAAACACACCUGUGAAUAUAUAUUUCUCCACAAGCUUUCAAUUGAAGUGUAAAGUAGGUGGAUAUUUUAGUGUUUGCUUCUGUCAACAUUUUGUUGGUGAGAGUCUUCCAAAUUGUACAUAAUUGCAUUUGAACUCAUGUUUCUAUAGUAUUCUUUUGUGUGUAUACUGGUUUUGUUGAUGGUCAUUUGGAGAAGUUUGCCAUUUUUAGAUAUUUGGAAUAGUGUUGCUGUGGAUGUUACUGUCCAUCUUUUGGAGAACAUAUGUAGAUGCAGCAUAUAUGUGGAAAUAGAAUGAAUAGAUCAUAGGGGGUAUACAUAUUUCGCUUCUUUAGACACUACCACACCGUAUUCCAACGUCCUGGAAUUGGUUUGCACUUGCGGUAUGUGAGCAUUCUAGUUGUCUUCUAAUCUAGCCUAGCACACACUUUUUCCUUUGCUUUAGUUGUUAUUGUGAGGUUAGGUUCUUAAAAUAUAAACAGCAGCAACCACAAAAAACUGUCACUAAGGUGCAAACACUGAUCCUAUAUUUAGAUGAAAUCUAGAGUUUGUGAUUUUCCUCGAAGUAUCCUUAACUUCAGGGUAUACCAAGAAGUACUGAGCUAUUUAAGUGGAUCUAGGGCUGCAGAAGGUUUUGUCUGAAGGGCUUAAAGGGUAACAGUACAGAAAUGUCUUUGAGUGCACAUCUAAACCAGUACCCACUACCAUGCCUUACCACAUCGUAAGUCUGCCACAAAUCAUUCAGAAUAGGAAAUACCUGUGUUCCAAAUGCUGGGCACUUGUCAUUGGAAGAAGCAGAAGGCCCAUUGCCUUACCACACCGUGGUGGGGAGACCAAGUCAGUGCCCAGCAAGGUGGCAUUGGAGGUGAACAGAAUACUAGCCACACAAGGGGAAAACUGCACAGCAGCUUAACUCGAAUAUGAGCUUUUAAUGUCAACAAAACAAGGAUGGUGGCCGGUGAUGUCCGAGCUCAGUGCGUGGGUGGGGUGCUGGAGACAGAGGAAGCCACUGUAGGGAUAGGCAUGGAGUAGACUUAAUUCCAGACACCGAGAAGCUAGAAAAGGAAUUUAGGCAACACAACCCAGUCUGGUUUUUGAAAAUUCAAUCUGGUUGGCCCAUGGCAAACAGGCUACAGGUCUGAAGACCCUCUAGGGUGUUGAAAGCCGCACGAGAGAGGGAGAGGCAUGAGAGCCAGCCUUGGGUCAAGAGGUUUGUGUUGUGAAUAACACGUCUUCUUCUCUUUCUAAAGAUGGCCUCCUUAUCCGAAAUGGCCCAGGACUUCAGAC